UCACCCACGAUGGCCCACCACAGGAGACGGUUAUCAGAGCCUCUCUCUUUUGAGAAUGACUUGUUUGACAGUUGCCCUUCAUCUUCCUCCUCCUCUGUUAAUUAUUGCUUUGUGCCAAAGUUUCCAUCCUCAACUUCUUUUAAUAACAUCUUCAAGUCUAGAUGUUUCUCUCUCAAGCUCAAGAACUUGUACCACAACAUGGCGCAUGGUAAUGCAAACCGCUACGAUGACAAAGGCGACGGUGAUCAUUCGGUUAAUGUGGCAGUCCUGCCUCCUGAUGCUGCGAAGAAAAAGAGUGGAAUUGGAAGCCAAAGAAGGCAAGAGCUUGAACAAGAGGUGGCCGACCUUCAAAAUGUUCUUCAGGAUGAGGAGAAAGUUCAUCAAGUAUUGGAACGUGCUUUGCUCCCACAGAAUGGCAGAUCUCCUCUUCAUAUUCCAAGCUUCCUUCCAAAAAAGACUAAGGAACUCUUGGCAGAACUAGUUAUGGUUGAAGAGGAGAUUUCUCGGCUAGAGAAUGAAAUAAGAAAAAUUCGAAAAGUUUCGAGUCAGAUUAAAGAAGUACAGGCUAAUAUGUCAGCCGAAGUUAUAUCAUGCAAGCAAUCAAAUGGAGCUUUAACCUCUUUGGAUAAGUCAUUGGUUCAAGCAGAUAAUGGUACAAAGAGUAAAGCAUAUGAAGAGAAGGUAGCAUUAGAGACGAAGCCUAUGUUUUUUAUAAACCAAGCGAUAAAAGGAGAUUAUUCGAUCCAUGGUUUCACUGACAAGGGAAAGAAAGACGAUAAAAAUGACAGCAUUAGCAAGAAGGAAGGCAGAAAAAUAUCUGGAUUACAAGAGAGAAUUCCGAAGAAAAGUGGGGCCAUUGAGAAACAGUCUUCUCCCAAGCCACCACGCAAUUCGUCACCUAGGCCUUCAAUCAGUGUAAAUCCAGCGGAGAAAGAUGGACAAAAAUGGCAACCUAACAAGUUAUCAGAAAAAAUCAUGAAGUGUUUACUCUGCAUCUUCUUGAGACUAAUAAGGACAUCUCGAGUAUCAGAGAUAGAAAAAUUGGGCAAUUCAUCGAGAUCUGCCUCUUCAUUCUCAAGAUCGAGGAGCUUCAGGUUCGAAAAUUCUUUGAAUCUAAAUACAAGCCUUAUCAGCCAAAAGGAGACGGGGCAAAAAGAUCCAUAUGGAAUUUUCGAGAUCGAAGACUCCCUUGUCAGAGACAUUGGUCCUUACAAAAAUCUUGUCAGGUGUACAUCUAGUUCUUUGGAUUUAAAGAAUAUUUCAAGUUGUCUUCAGCUGCUAAGCAAGUUAAGGAGCUUAUUGAACAAUCUUCGUGAUGUGAACUUGCGAUUCUUGACUCAUCAUCAGAAGUUGGCAUUCUGGAUCAAUAUUUACAAUACCUGUAUCAUGAAUGGAUUCUUGCAACAGGGGUUGCCCUCAAAUCCAGAAAAGGUUAUUGCUCUUAAGAACAAGGCCGUCCUUGAUAUAGGAGGCAACAAACUUAAUGCUCUUGCAAUAGAGCACUUCAUUCUGAGACAACCAUCAACCAAAGAAGAAGGAAACAAGGACAAAGAAGAUGCAGUCAGAAGUAUAUACGGACUAGAGCAAUCCGAACCCAAUAUUGCUUUUGCUUUAUGUUCCGGCAAUAGAUCUUCACCUUCUGUGAGAAUCUACACAGCUGAUGGUGUUUCAUCUGAACUGGAGAAAUCAAAACUGGAGUAUUUACAGGCAUCCAUUGUUGUGACUGGCACAAAGAGGCUAAUGAUUCCAAAGCUCUUAAUUGAGAACAUGCAUGAUUUUGCGACCGAUAUGGCUUCGUUACUCGAAUGGAUAUGUAACCAACUUCCAAGUUCAUGGUCUUUGAGAAAAUCUAUGGCUGAAUGUCUAAAAGGCCAGAGCAAUAGUAGGGAGAUUUCUGAUAUCGUAGAUAUAAUUCCCUAUGAUUUUGAGUUUCAGUAUCUGCUGCCGGUGUGAGUUUAGUUAUUUUUUGAAAGAGACUUGCACCUGUAGACGGAUGUUAAAUCCAUUUUAAACCAUAGGAAGUUGAGUUCAAAAAGGUAAAGGGCUUGUUUGUGAUAUUGGUAGGAUGAAACUUGAGCUGAAACUCGUAAGUAUCUGUUCUUUGGUUUGUAAGCUCUUUUGCAAGUGAAAUUAUUUAUUUACUUAUUUAUAUGAA